GUCGGAAGUUGUCAAAGAAUCCGCAGCCGUCGCUUCUCUAUGAUCUGAAAGUGGAGUUACCAAGAUGGCGUAUGAACUUACUGAGCAAAAGAAAGUUGGGUUAGGUCUCAUUGGUUUUGGUUUAUCAUUUACGUUUCUUGGUGUCAUCUUGUACUUUGACAGAGGUUUGCUCGCUCUUGGAAACUUAUUUUGGUUGAUAGGUGUUGGCCUUUUACUUGGUUGGCAGUCAACUUGGAGACUAUUCACCAACGUUAAUAACUUGAAGGGCACAGUCUGCUUCGUGCUUGGACUAUUUCUUAUAUUUGUACGUUGGCCAAUCAUCGGCAUUAUCCUUGAGAUAUAUGGUUGCAUUGUCCUAUUCGGCGGAUUUUGGUCAACGGUAAAGAUGUUCCUUUCCCAGAUUCCUUUUGUUGGAUGGAUGAUACAGUAUCCUCUCAUGGUUCUUGAGCAACUUGUACGAGGUUCUCGUUGAAAAAAAUGAUACAUCAAGUCAAUCCCAUGGUUCUCUUCAGCCUCUCUAGAACUCCAGCUUUGCAUGUUCUUUUCUUUUAGAAACAGAAUCAAAAUCCUUUUACGUUCUUUUUUUUUUUAACAUGCCAGAGACUUUGCUCUGUUUCUGAUUUCUAAUUUUUUUUAUAUAUAUAUCCAAAAAUUAGUUUAUCCUUCUGUUUCUGAUUUCUUUUUUUUUUAUAUAUCCAAAAAUUAGUUUAUCC